GCGCCCUCUAGAGACCUGAACCACAUCAGAAAAGCAAACUGAUGACGUGGUUUGUCCGGGCCGUCGUCGAUCACCACAGCAGCAGCAGGAUGGCCGACCAGAGCAGGCAAAUAAAACUCGCCGCAGCCAAGAAAAAGCUCAAGGAGUUCCAGCAGAAGAGCACUCCAACCAGUGUUGGAGGAGAAAAAGGAGUUGGUGAAGGAGUUCAACCUGGUGCAGGAGCCAAGAAGAAGAGGAAAAUGAAGGGACCCAACCAAUACAAUGCAACCUCCAUUGACAGAAACUCACCAGACAAUACCGUUGCCGUCAUGGAGACCAUCGCAUCCUCUGGUCCCCCUCCAAAGGCCGAGCUCGACCGGCCCGCACCCAUGUCUAACGCUACUAGCACUAACACCGCUACUAACCUUCAGAGUGGCGGACACCACACUGACAUGCUGCAGGACUACCCCGACACUAAUGGCAAUGAGACUUUAUCAGAGGAAAAUAGACAGCUGUCUUCCACAGAGAGCUUGCGACAACUCUCUCAGCAACUAAACGGCCUGGUCUCUGAAUCAUCUGCUGCACACCUGAAUGGCGACAGCGCACCAUCCAUUGGCGAGAGAGAAUUAGACAGCCGGAACCAGGAGCUGUCUGCUGCCCUGGAGUCCAGCAACUUAACAAACUCUCAGCUCAAUACCAAGCUUGACCAGCUGGCACAACAAUGUCAGGGGCUCACAGAUCAGCUGCAGAAGGAGCGAAAGGAAUUUGAACAAAAGUUUUCAAAAGAGCAGGGAACCAUGCGGGAGCAACUGCAGGUUCACAUUCAAACCAUUGGCAUACUGGUGUCGGAGAAAUCGGAGUUACAGACCGCACUGCAGUACACGCAACAGGCCGCGCGGCAGAAAGCAGGAGAAGCAGAGGAGCUGAAUAGCCGACUGCAGUCAACAAAGCAAAGAGUGUCGGAGCUUGAGAGAACACUGUCGUCCGUGUCGACGCAACAGAAACAGUUGGAAAAGCAUAACAAAGAGUUAGAAAAGGAGAGAGACGCCCUGAGACUAGAGGUAUUUAAACAAAACAAUUUAAGCGACGAGUCCAAACAGCAGCGUUCGGAGCUCUCAGAGCAGCUAAGGCAAAGAGCGCAAGAGACGGGAGCAUUGCGGUUGGAGGUAGAGGAUCUCCGCAAGAGGCUCGAGAUCGCCGACCUCAUGUUGCAGCAGUGCUCCACCCAGUCGGAUCCCAGUAGUGCCAGCCAGCAGAUCCAAUUACUGCUGGAAGAAAAGCAGCAGAUUGAAGUUCAUAACCAGCAGUUGAUGGAGUUGGUUGCUCAGCUAAAGACGGAGAGAGACUGCUACGCGGAGCAAAUCCAGGAGGGCGGCCGCAUUUGGAAGGACAAAACAGAGCAGCUCCUGGCACAAGUGUCACUGGUUGCAGAAGAGAGGGACAGAAACAUUGAACGAGUUCAAGAACUUGAAGCUGCGAUCACAGAGCUAAAGAAUGCCGCAGCAAUACUGUCUCAAGAGAGCAAAGACCAAAGCGCAGCAGAACCGCAAUCCUCAGGCCCCUCAGAGAGCGAAAUAGCGCUACAAGAAACACUCAACACUCUACUACAGGAAAAGGACGCUCUCGAUGAGCAGUACCAGUCCCAGCUACGCGACAAUGAGCAGCUGAGUCGCCUGUGCUCAGAGCAAGAAGCACGCCUGGCGGAACUGGAGCAGCAGGCGGAGCGCCAAGCCCAGGAGGGCGACGACCGUCGUCGCAUGCUCGAAGACGUUCAGUCAGACAAGGCGACCAUCAGUCGUGCGCUCACGCAGAACCGAACGCUGAAAGACCAACUUGCUGAGCUGCAGAACGGCUUUGUUCAACUGACAAAUGAGAACAUGGAGCUGACCACCGCCAUUCAGUCCGAGCAACAUGUUAAGAAGGAGCUGGCGCGCAGAAUGGGCGAGCUUCAAGAGCAGCUGCACAACGUGAAAGAGCAGCUGGAAGAGAAAAACAAGGAGGCUCAAGGGCUGACCGAGCAGAGGGACCAGCUGGCGGCCCACUUGCAGCAGUACAGUGCCGCCUACCAGACACUGGUCUCCGAGAGGGAGCAGGUCCACCGGCAGUAUUAUACACAGAGCCAACUCAUGGACCGGCUGCAGCACGACGAGUCCCAGGGCCGCGCUCAGCUGGAAGUCAGCCAGAAUGAAUUGAAGCGAGCACAGGAGUAUUUGGAUAAUUUGGUGAAAGAUAACGAGCAUUUGAAGGCUGAGGUCAGAGAGCUGCUCAACAGUUCAGCUUUAGCCAUGGCACCCCGAGAUGAAGGAGACGGAGUGGAGAGCCAGUUGCCUCAAGGAAAUAUGACUGAGUCAUCCUCCAUCAUUAUCCCGCAAGAUUUUGAGAGCCAAAAAGAGAUGGAAGAGUUCAUUCGCGAUGCCUUGGCUCGUUUGGAGGCCGAGCGGGACGAGGCCAGGAGGCUGCUGAGGGAGGAGCAGCGACUCCAUAUGGCUGCAAAGCACCACACUGCCCUGGCUCUCAGCCUCCAACAGCACAGCCACCAUGGGCAUGAAGAUCACCAUCAUGAUCAAGAUCACCAUCAUGAUCAAGAUCACCAUCAUGAUCAAGAUCACCAUCAUGAUCAAGAUCACUAUCACGAUCAUGAUCACCAUCACGAUCAUGAUCACCAUCAUGAGCACGAACACACUCGGGGCCAAUAUAGUCACUGUGAACACAAUCACCAACAUUCAGAAGAAGGAGUGCCGGUGGAAGUUCAUCAGGCAUUACAGACGGCAAUGGAGAAGCUUCAACAGCGCUUCACCUCGCUCAUGCAGGAGAAGGCUGACCUGAAAGAACGCGUGGAGGAACUGGAGCACCGCUGCAUCCAGCUGUCUGGCGAGACGGACACCAUCGGAGAAUACAUUGCCUUGUACCAGAGCCAGAGGGCCAUCAUGAAGCAGAAGCACCAGGAGAAGGAGCAAUACAUCAGCAUGCUGGCUCAGGACAAAGAAGAGAUGAAGGCGAAGCUGGCAGAGCUGCAGGACCUGGUCAUGAGGCUGGUGGCCGAGCGAAACGACUGGUACGGUAAAUACGCCGGCGCCGUCAGCGGCGUGGCUUCGGCCAACCCCGACCUCCUUCGUAUUGACGAGGACCAGCGGCACCCCGAACACCAAGCACACAGGCAUGACCUCGGUGCUGGCAGCGGAGCAGAUGCCAUGGAGAUCAUCCCUCUUUCCGAGCCCACCGCCAGCCAGGAACCCCCCUCACCUCAUAGCCCGAGGCCCCCAGCCGAGCCCAAGGAGGACGGCACGGCGCAACAGAUCAUGCAGCUACUGCAGGAGAUCCAGAACCCGCAGGGCCUGCCGCGGCCACCCCCAUUCAUGGGAGAGAACCCCUGCAUCCCUUUCUUCUACCGACCGGACGAGCAGGACGAAGUGAAGAUCCUGGUGGUGUGAGAUUCCAGCACCACAUAUCAGUAUAUUUAACAGCAUCCAAAAUGGCCACCGCCCCCUUUACCGUACGCUCAAGUGCAAUAACAGGGCCUCACGUCUCUUUACUUGUGACACACCAAGUUUGAAUGUACUACUUAUCAAAAACUGGAGUGGGCGUCUGUGUGUGGGGGGAGCGGAGUCUGAUGUAUAAUUUUGUAGAGUUAAUGAGAUAAUAGACGUUAAUUGCACUAAAACAGUUUGUACAAAGCUUCUUGAUGACGCAUCAUAUGACGCCUCUGUAGCUGAGAUGCCAUUUUGAAGGAGGAGGUUGGAUGGAAGAGUUUGAGUUACUAAACCUUUCCCACUAAAUUUUGCCAAAAUUGUGCAGUAAUCCGUCAUCAGAUCCUUUCCCAUAUCAAAAAAUGUUGUGUCAUUCUGUUACUUUCCUUCCACAUAUGCCACGGUUAAACAUCCUUGUUUAUUGGAGUGGUCCAAACUAUAACCGGAGUCCAUGAGUGUGGCCUGCUGCAAUAUAUAAGAUCUUGUUGAAUUGAUUUUUAGCUUAAAUUAAAAAUGAAGAAUUUCUAAGUUAGCCCUCUUAUCUUGUAUUUUCUUUAAGCGGCCCGCAGAGUCAAAAAAAAGUUGCACAACCCUGAUAUUUGUGUAUAAAAUGGGGUCGUAUCGCUUUACACUGUUACUAUGUGAUUGCAAAGGAGGAAGUUGGUAGGUGGGAGAGCAGUGAUCAUACGAGUGUAUAUACUGUAAGUGUGUAUCAUAUUGUAUAUUUAUGCAGCUGGGUGUGUAUGUAUGUGCAAAAGAAGAUGGUUAGUGGCUGACAAGCUGACAUUUAAUACAAAGGAGAAGAAAGAGAGGUCAUAUACUAUUUAUUAUUAUUAUUUGGAAUGAUUUAGUGUCCCAACCAAUGAGUUUUGGAUGUUUAUGUACAAGUGAGUGAGUGUUGAAAAUGAAGUGAACUGAUUUGUUGGCUUUUUUUUUCUUUUCCCUCUGCUAUUGAAUAAAACUGAUUGAGCAACA